CUUCGCCGCCACCCACUCACUCCAAAUGGCAUCAGCAUCAACAGAACCCCUCCCCACGGUCACCCUCGACUUUAACAACAAGUCGGGUGGUGCAUGGGACGACCGCGAGCUCGUCAACGCGUACGACGCGGCACUGCUCGAGUUUCACUUGCACAACCCCGGGCCCGGCUCGUGGCUGGACAAGGCGACCGCCGCACUCGCCAAGGGACAGCCUCUUCCCGGUGCCAACGCAUUCGACACGGAGUGGUACUCGGCCUCCAAGCCCCAAGUGACUGCCGCGGCCGCAGCGAGCUCGUCAACGCCAACCCCACGGCAGAACAAGCGCGCGCGCACCUCGCGCCAGGACAACCCGUACACGUCGCAGGCGGGAACGAGCAGGCAAGAGUCGCCGUCGUAUAGCCCGCCGUCGCCGGCCGGACCAGAAGACGGCGAGGGCGAGGGAGAGGGCGAGGAGGACGAGGACGAGGGAUACGGCCAGUGGCAGGGGUACGACGGCGAGGGAGACGAGUGGGGAGCACCCGAGUAUGCCGAUCAGGACGACGCGUACGUCUUCCCCCCGCCGCAGGGUGCGUGGGGUGCCGCUGCCGGCAGCCGCGACGAGGCGAUCGGGUACGCGCUGCAUGCGCAGUAUUGGGCCGGGUACUGGAUGGGCGUUGCGCGGGCUUCUGGUCCGGGGCAGGGACAGCAAGGUCACCAGGGGCCAGCAGCAGAGGUGCAGGCUGCUGCGCCGCCGCGGCAGUUCAAGCGCGGUCGGGGCAACUUUCCCCAGCAGCUGAAGCGGUAGGCUGUGUGUACAGUAGAGCAGGCAGGGGGCGGGGCGCCGGGCCAGCGCCGCCGACAGUAUAGAGAACGGGCCAUGCAUAUGCUAGUUGCGCGCUG